AUGGGCUGGGGAAAAGCAGAGGCAGGAGGUCCCCUCUGGACGGGGUCCGAUAUCUCCGUGGCGCUGCGCUGUCCCCGCGAGUUGUCCGUGGGCGAGGCAGCGCUCGGUGCCUGCAGUGCCGGGAGGAGGCUGCGGGCGCCGCUGCUGACCGAGAGGAGCGAGGAGCUCGGAGCGCCGCAGCCCCGCCCGCUGCGGACGGAAUCCCUUGCCCGCUGCCUCUCUGACUCGGCACACGCUGGAUUGGAUCGUCCCCGCAGUGCGGAUCGUCCUCGCAGUGCUGCACCAGGUGGAGGGGCCAGCGGCAGCGGCCGGGAGCGGUGAGCCGGGGAAGAAAUUAGAGAAAUUAGAGCCGGAGCAGGGUGCAGAUCCGCGGUCGGCAGGGCACACUGCUCUCUGUGUUGCGGUGCCGCUGCGGAGAUGUGCGCGGCGGGGAGGCGCUGGGGCCGGCGGCAGCGAGCUCUGCUCUGGGCUGUGCUGCUGGCAGCGUGGGAGGCGGCGUGGGGGCAGCUGCGCUACUCCGUGCCCGAGGAGAUGCCCAAGGGCUCGUUCGUGGGCGACGUGGCCAAGGAUCUGGGGCUGCAGCUGCCGGCACUCAAAGACCGCGACGCCCACGUUUUUGACACAGGUAGGACACGGUACUUUUUUUUAGACUUGCGAAACGGCCACUUAUCUAUGAUGGAGCAGGUGGACAGAGAGGAGAUAUGCGCAGCUGUUGCUAAAUGUGUUCUAAGCUUUGACAUUCUUGUAAAGCGUCCGAUGAACAUUUACAAAGGGGAGGUGGAAAUACUGGAUAUUAACGAUAAUCCUCCCAGUUUCCCAGAAGGAAGAAGUGUCUUAGAAAUCAGUGAGAAUACUGCACCAGGUGCACGCUUCCCAUUAGAGAGAGCUCAUGAUCCCGACAUAGGAGUGAACUCUUUACAGAAUUACGAAUGUAGCAGGAGCAGCUAUUUCACCUUGGAAGUGAAAACUGGAGAUGAUGGUGUGAAAUAUCCGGAAUUAUUAUUGGUGAAAUCUUUGGAUCGGGAACAGAAGGCUGCUCAUAAUUUGAUCCUGACAGCCACAGACAACGGGAGUCCAGUGAAAUCAGGAUCGACAACAAUCGAAAUCAUUGUGUUAGAUGGAAAUGACAAUGCCCCAGAAUUUACUCAGUCUGUGUAUAAGGUGACUGUAAGAGAAGACGUGGCUGUAGGAAGUCGUGUGUUACAGGUGACAGCGACUGACAGAGACGAGGGGCCAAAUGCCGAAGUAAAAUACUCGUUCUUUAAAAUCCCAGAGAAGUUCGACAAGACUUUUAAGAUGGAUCCGGAAAGUGGAGAAAUUGUGAUAACAGAGAACUUGAAUUUCGAAGAACACGAGUUUUACGAAUUGGUUGUGCAAGCUCGGGAUGUGGGUGGACUCUCUUCCCACAGCAAGGUACUCAUCAAGGUCGUUGAUGUAAACAACUACGUUCCCGAGAUUGUCAUUAUGUCCGUGUUCACUCCGGUUCCGGAAGAUACACCUCUGGGAACACAGCUGCUGCCGGCGGACAGCGGCGCCCUGCGCGGCGUGCCCGUGUCGCACUUCGUGGGCAUCGACGGCGUGCGCGCCUUCCUCCAGUCCUACUCGCACGAGGUGUCGCUCACGGCCGACUCGCGCAAGAGCCAGCUGCGCUUCUCGGCCGGCAGCUGCUGCGACACCCUCCCGGCCCGACCACCAGAUGAGGCUUCCGCUGAUCUCGUCCCUUCAGGAGAUCAAGAUUCCGAAAACGGUGGGCAAGUUGCCUUUCAGGGGCUGUGA